AUGUUGCGAUUCUGUUCCGAAAAGAAGCUGGUUGACCCCAAGGUCCAGGCUUGUGAAGUCGUUAGCAAGGAUAUCGAAGACUCUUUUCGUGCCCUCGAGGACUUCGAAAUCGAGCUGGACCAUGUCGCUGAAGACUAUGUCGAGAUCAUCGACCACGCAGCUCCCAAGCGCCCUCGUGCUGUCUGGAAGGGUACCAAGGAGGUUGGCAACCAAGGAUUCAUUGUCGUCAUGAAGGACAUCGAGGUUAAUGCCGUCAUGAAGUACACCAAGGGGAAGGCUAAGCUCUGUGAGGACAUUGUCGUUGUGGAGGGAUUCAAGGACCCUCGUUUCACCGAGGCUGUUCUUGUGAAGAAACCGAAACACACUCGCGGCUCCGGAAAUAUCAAGAAGUAG